AUGUCUGCAGCCAACGCCAUCGCUGGACCCUCCCGACCCUCCUACCCCUAUACAGCACAUUCUACGCCCCUCCUCCGACGUGCUGAAUCGACAUUCACCUUAUCCUCCGGCGCCAUCGCCUCAUCCCGCUCUUCAACGCCUCUUAUAGCAUCGCAUGGGCCAAGAAUCAUCCGCUCCGGAUCAGUCUUCAGCAAGGAACAGUGGAAGAAGGAGGAAAUAUCACGGCGGAGACAAGAGUCUCGCGACAAGCUCAAGUCGAGCUGGGAUGUCUUGUUUGACAAGUACAAGGAUGUAGAGGACGACGACGAGGUGGACCUUCUCACGGGGAGAAUCGUCAAAGAUAGAGGCUCCUUGCGAAGCCUCCUCCGUCCCAUGCACUUUGGAGAAGACGUCGACGGAGACGACGAAGAUUCUUCGGUCAAUGGCAACCACGAAUUCGAGUCUGAUGAGGACGAGUUGGGAGAUUGGGAAGGACGGUCCGGGCUGGAUUCGCAGCUUCCAGAAUAUAAAAGUGUUGUGGAUAGCGGUCCUGCCUGGACAACAGAAGAUGACGAGGACUUUAGAGAGUUCAUGAGGGCCGAGGAGCGCAGAAAGACGAUGUACGGAGAUGAGGAGGAGGAGGAUCCUGAAGAUGACGCUCAGUCAUUGGCAGAAGGAUUGAAUAGCGCAUUCUCCGAUACCGAAAAGUCUCCAAGAUCACUUGGUACCAGAAUACUGGCCACUCCUACUCUGGCCGACUUGUUCCAGUCGGGCUCGGAGGACGAAUUCGAGGCGGACAUUCGAGAUACGCAUGACGAGGCGUCCCGCAAGACCCCUGCUCCAGCGCGUGUGUCAUCUCCCAAAGCUUCCCCGAAGCCUGUACAGGUUCGAAGGCGACCCCGAAUGACCGUACAAGUUGUCAUCCCUCGUCGACCACGAGCCAGAUCUUUCAUCUCCAGCUCCUCAAACCCACCACCAGCAUAUCCAUCUAUACCCAAAUCCGCAUCAGCUCCUACACUCGCCGAUUUGUUCACCCCUCCCCCAAUGGGGAGCUUGUCGAUUUCGAAGAUUGACAAGGGAAAGCAGCGCAUGAUAGGGGAGCGUCCUGCUGAAGACGUGCCGGACAAAUCAACGUCUACUACAGGCUUCUAUUGGACGACGAAGAUAUACAUGGCGGACGGAAAGCCCUUCACCUGCAAGGACUGCUUGAGAGCUGGGGGCGAUAGAAAAGCCAAGGCGGGAUUGUGCAAAGGAAGAACGAGUGAUUGCAAGUUUGCUUCAAUUGACAGUGGGAGUGUUACGGAUAGCGCAUCAGCCCGUCAGGAACUCUCCCGCCCCCCCGCGCCUCGUUCUGCCGGUGGCCAAAGAAAGAGGAUCUGUAGGCUAUGUCGGGACGCUGGUGGUGAAAGAGCAGAAAUGGCAGAGCAGUGUCUGGGUAAACACUCAUUCAGACGUUGUCGGUACUUUGAUCAGUAUCGAGAAGACGACACCGAUGGAGGGGAAAGCGCGGGCGAGGCUGAGAAGGCAUCUCGUACCCCUGCACUACAUUCACGAGAACACCGUACUUCCACCAAACCUCAUUCACCACGUCCUCAGUCAGAGAGUAUAGAGAGAGGGCCGCCGAGCGUGGUUCCGUCCCGUUCAGCAACAGAGCCGGUUGUUAUCGUCAUCAGCGACGACGAUGAGGAUGUCCCGACGCCCAAACCAACCGCGCCUCUUCCUCGUCGAGCUAGAUCAAUCGCAAAGAGGCCAACGCCAGUCAACCUCGCCGCCCCUCCCUCUCCUCCACUAUCAUCCCCUUUGAUGGCUCAAGGCAGGGCUUCUCGGGUGCCAUCCUUGCCCCCAUCAUCCCCUCCGCACCCGGAUGUAUUCUCGCCUGUCAGCUCGACACAACGCCCUACGAUGUCGCCGUCCAAGUCAACGAGUCACAGUCGUCUAUUGGAUAGUUCCCCUAUGACUACCUCGUAUACACGCCCAUUAUUCAGCAUCAGCGGGGGCCAGGUGUUCCAACCGACGCCACCACCUUCGUCUACAGAUGGCACGCGGAGUCAAUCGUUGUCCAGCGACGUGCCCACCUCGUCUGCUCUGAAAAAGAGUGCCCUUCGUCGCCCAUCAGAGUCUCUCCUAUCAGGGCCUGGAUUCAGUGCAAAGCGUACUAGGUUCUCGCUUGCUCCACGCUCGCCCCCCAAGUACCCUGGUUCAUCCUCGACCGAGCCCGAAUCGGACGAUGAGAGCCAAGACGAGCUUGAUCUUCUCUCAAGCUCUGAUCGCUCUGAUGAAAAGUUCCCGGUGUAUGAGUCGAGCUCGAGUCCUUUGAGGAGCGAGUUCAGUGUGCGGGCCGCAGACAUUGGAAUGAGACUCGGUCCAGAGCACACAGGGCGAUUACCGUCUACAAUGAUCAAAUCGUUGGUGCCAUCCAUGAGUAACUAUCGCUCGAGCUCGACCCUUGGGUCAUCAUCCACGGGAUUUGCUUUGCCGACGCCCCCACCGAGUAGUGCCGGGUCAAAUGGCUCCAGGCCUAGUCCAGCGCCCCGCGCAAAUCUGAGAUCGGGUUCGGUAGCCAGGAAUGGAAACUCUGAGAAGAGAAACGAGAAUCCCAAAGCGGGUCUCAUGCUACCUCCGCCUAUACCAUCUCACAGGCUCAAGGGUGCUACACCCUCAUCAUCGCCGCUCAAAACGACUCUGUCCUCCACCCCUCUACGCGCAUCGACUCUUGCCAGACCACCUGCUUCAGCCCCGACUGCAGGGGCAGGCAUCAGAUUCGUGUCCAUGUCGCCUGCUGUACCACAAGCGCGCCCGCGUUCGCGCUCCCAGUCAGUGUCUAUCGCGCCUGACAGAUCUCAGAGUCGUCCCGCCACGCCCACACACCCCAAGACACCCCGCGCUACUCGUACAUCUUCUAUCGUCCCCAUGAGACUCGCCCAAACGUCUCCGGCGAAGAAGAGUAUGAUAUAUAAGAGCCUGGAGAAGGCGGUGAGGGAGGUAGGGGAUGAAGAUGGGCUGGAGUGGGGGUUGGACGAAGAGACUGAUGACGGCGGGAGGAUGUGGAGGGAUAGUAGUGUUUCUGCAUAUUUGCAUUGA